AAAAGUGAGACUGAAAACAAAAGACUGAACAGUAGAGACAAGAAGUGCCUUACUGACAGAAACUCAAAUUACUAUCAAAGAUGGCAAGAAAAAGAAGUAACAUGAUAGCUCUGUGACAAAAAAAGGCAGAAACAUCAGGCCAAAAAGUUGAAAUAUAAUCAAAUUGUUAAGGAAAUAUGUGCUUUUGUAAAUGUUCACAUGUGCUGUACCUGAAGUGCUUAAAAGACGAUGAUUUCAACUAAAGGCAAAAUCUAAGGAUUUACUGUGAAAAAUACCCAGCUUAAAGGAUUUCAGGAUGUCAACAGCAGUGUAUUUUUGGACCCUGUCAUUGCUUCUUCUAUUCUGCAUCUCAGGAUCUGUUCUGGACAUCACCUUCAUCUUAAAUGUAGGUACAAAGGCAAACAAAGAAAGAUCCCUGCUGUGCAUUACAGGAGAACGCGAUGCACAGAAUGUGCAGCUUAACAUCACAAGAGACAACACAAUCAUCAGAAUGGCUCAACCACCCAAGUGUACUAUCCUAAGGAGCAAUAAAACCAAUACAAUUUGUGUUUUAGAGGACAACAAAUUAAACAUCCCAAGCAUAUCAUACUGCAUAGGUAAAAGUCCCAUGGAAGAAACACUUGUCACAAUGAUUUCCAACAACUUCCAAGCUUCCCUGUCUCCAGUGGAGGCCUCCAAAACUGUAAAUCACCUGGAAACAGUGGAUCUUUUGGCUAAAGUUAUGAAAGACAGAGCGGCAGAUGUAUUAUGGAAGGUCAACGGUACCUACACUUAUACAACACACAAAUUAGAUAUAAUGAAUGGAUUUGCCAACUUGACAAUAUCAAAAGCAGAUGUUACUCAGACUGGAGUCUACAGUGCAACAUUCAUUGAUGGCAGUCCCAUAGAAAGUGCCUUUUUCCGUCUCAUUGUAAGAGCAUGCAAGGAUAAAAAAUGGGGUGUUGCUUGUGAUAAAGACUGCCCCAACUGCGUAAACGGAGGAGUCUGUCAUGACAGGACAGGGGAAUGCAUCUGUCCCCCAGGGUUCAUGGGGAUGAGAUGUGAAAAAGCUUGCCGGGAGGGAAUGUUUGGAAGAAAUUGUCAAGAACAGUGUCUGCCUGAUCGCUCUUGUUCGGGACUAAAGUUCUGCCUACCUGAUCCUUAUGGCUGCUCCUGUGCAACAGGUUGGCAUGGACCACAGUGCAACAAAGCCUGUAGACCUAAUUCCUAUGGACCUAACUGCAAGUUGACUUGUAAGUGCCAAAAUGACGGAGAAUGCAACAGAUUCAGUGGUUGCAUUUGUCAGGUCGGGUGGCAUGGACAGUUCUGCGAGAAGUCAGAUCAAAUACCCCAAGUUUAUAACCUCUUAUCAGAAGUGGAACUUAAUAUCAACACAAGCCCGGUACUUACCUGCAGUGCUAAUGGAAAGCCACCGCCAGUCCACGGUAACAUUGAGCUCCAAAAACCCGAUAGAUCCAAUAUUGUGGCAACUAAAACUAUUAUGGAUGCAAACCAAACUACAGCAGAAUUCAAGCUACAGAAAGUGACCAUGGCAGAUAAGGGAUUCUGGGAAUGUCGAGUUUCCACAUCUGGAGGACAAGAUUCACAAAGAUUUAAAGUAAUCGUAAAAGUGCCUCCUACUCCACAUAACCCACCAAUACUGGUACAGAAGAUGAGCAACCAACUGACCAUCAUGGCAGCAGAAACAUACAAUGGUGAUGGACCAAUUAAGCAGUUUAAGUUGCAAUACAAAGCAAAAGACACAGAUCAGCUCUGGUCAUCUAUCACAGCGGAUAUGCAGCCAAUCACACUGAAGAACUUAAUCCCCAUGACAAGUUACAUUAUUCAGGCACAGCUGGAACGACCAGGAGAGGGAGGCAAAGGACCCUUCGGACCUACAGCCAUUUUGGAAACAGAGUGUUUAGAGCCAACUGUUAAGCCAGUCAUAGAAGACAUCACUGUAGAGGGUGAGAAUUUCAUCUAUAUGAAUUGGAAUAUUCCUGAAAUUCCAGUGACAGGAAGUGGCUUCAUUGUGCGAAGCUAUGGCCCGAACAAAGAGCUGAUAUAUCAGCGGAAGAUACCAUCUCUAGAAAUACGGGCGGAGAAGAUCCCUAUUAUGAAGUACAAUGCAGACUACCAACUAGAAGUGCUGAUCUACAACUGUGGAAGUCAGGGGCCCCCUUCGGAUCCCAAAACCAUCCGCAUUGACAGCAAAGGUCCCUCAUCUCCACGGGAGCUCCAGGCAGAGACCUUAUCUAUCAAUGCCAUCAGAGUGAAAUGGCUUCCCCCACUUGACCCCAAUGGAGGGAUCCGCAAAUACACCAUUGAAUGCCAACGGGUAGGAACUAACAGUGAGCAGCAAUGGAUCGAUACGGUGAAUGGCAAUGAAACAACAAUGAACAUCACAUCUUUGAACUCAAGCACUGAAUAUCAGUUCAGAGUGCGGGCGGUUGCCUCAGUCUCAGGGCAGUGGAGUCUACCUGUCCAAGCUUCAACACAGGGCAAGGAUAAUGAAAAUUACCUUCCAACUCCGAGGAGUUCCUACAAUCCUUAUUCUGGCAGCAGCGGCAGUAAACAGCUCCUUCUGGCCAUCGUUGGUUCAGUUUCUGCUACAUGCAUCACCAUCCUCAUUGCUCUUGCUGCUUUGCUUUGCAUCCGUCGGAGAAUGCUGAAACCCUUUCGAUCUUUUACUUACCAGUCUGGAUUGGGAGAAGAGACAAUUUUGCAGUUUAACUCUGGGACUCUCACAUUGACACGGCAACCUAAACAUCAGCCAGAGCCGCUCAGAUACCCAGUCCUAGAGUGGGAUGAUAUCAAGUUUGAAGAUGUAAUUGGUGAGGGCAACUUUGGACAAGUUAUUAAAGCCAUGAUCAAGAAGGAUGGUCUGAGGAUAAGUGCAGCCGUUAAAAAGCUUAAAGAGUUUGCCUCAGAGAAUGAUCACAGAGACUUUGCAGGAGAGCUGGAAGUUCUAUGUAAACUCGGUCAUCAUCCCAACAUCAUCAACUUACUGGGAGCAUGUGAAAACAAAGGUUAUCUAUAUAUCGCCAUUGAAUAUGCUCCUUACGGGAACCUCCUGGAUUUCCUUCGGAAAAGCAGAGUCCUAGAGACUGAUCCUGCCUUUGCAAAAGAACAUGGAACAGCAUCAACACUGACAUCACAACAACUGCUUCAGUUUGUGGUGGAUGUAGCCAAAGGAAUGCAGUACCUCAGCGAGAAGCAAUUUAUCCACAGGGAUCUGGCUGCUCGAAAUGUCCUUGUUGGAGAAAAUCUUGUAGCCAAGAUUGCAGACUUUGGCCUUUCCAGGGGAGAAGAGGUGUACGUCAAGAAAACAAUGGGAAGACUUCCAGUGCGAUGGAUGGCUAUCGAGUCCCUGAAUUACAGUGUUUAUACCACAAAAAGUGAUGUGUGGUCCUUUGGAGUGCUACUGUGGGAGAUUGUAAGUCUAGGUGGUACACCGUACUGCGGCAUGACAUGUGCACAGUUAUACGAGAAGUUGCCUCAUGGUUAUAGGAUGGAAAAGCCACCCAACUGUGAUGAUGAAGUGUAUGACCUGAUGAGACAGUGCUGGCGAGACAGGCCUCAUGAAAGACCCACAUUUGCUCAGAUUUGUGUACAGCUCAGUCGAAUGCUAGAGGCAAGAAAGGCCUAUGUGAAUGUGGCACUGUUCGAAAAUUUCACCUAUGCUGGAAUCGAUGCCACAGCAGAAGAAGCAUAAAGCCAAGACAACCAGUCACUGACAAAAAACAGACACUGACAAUGAAAACAGGACACUCCGUCUGUUCUUCUUUUGAUAAAAAGUACUAUGGCUGAAUAGUAUCCUGUUGCUUAAAAAUACAAAGUAGCAUGUUCACAUAUUACAAAUUGUUUUGAGCACAAUUAACAUGGAGUACUUGGGAAAUAAACUUACUGACUUCAGCAGAAUUGUGUCUGCAGAUGGAGAUAUGGUGAACAUAAAGACAUUGUAAUGCAUUUCCAACUCUGUUCUUGCAAACAUUCUGAAAUCUGAACUCAUAGCUCUUUUCAAACAAAAAACAGAACAACAGUAUCUCAUGACUGGCUUCCAAGAAACUGAUAGAGAUGUAAACAUAUGGAGCAAUUUUUUGCACUGAGAUGCCAUUCUUUUGGAUUUAUUCCAUGUUUGCAACAUAUUUUUGGUCGUCUACUUUUUGGGAGUGCACACAACAUUUUGUCUGUUUUUGUUGGAGGAUGUGAUUAAACAACAAAAAUAUUGUUUUGCUCACGGUGAACUGCAACAGAUGAAAGCAUUAUGUCACCCAUAGGCAUUCCACUGUAGCCUAAGAAACAAAAGAAAGGAAGCAAAGGAAACAGCACUCCCUCUUCAUUUCUAGUGUAUAUAACUUGGUGCAGAAUGUGGUAAGAAACUUUUCUGGUUUUCCAUCAACAGUGUAUGUCAGCAUUCUUCAGAAGCCCACCAAAAUGAAAACGAUGGACCAUUUUUUCAAUGAGAUGCUGCUCUUGGCCUUGAGAUGAAUGUAGAGUUGUUAUCCAUAGGAGUUCAGAAGUUUUGUAUUUUGCUUCUUUAAUAAUUCCUUCUAUGAGGAGUUAUUGUUACAGCAUCCCACAAGGUGAACAAGACAGAGGUUACCAGUAUAAAUUUUUCCAGCAACAUUUAUAAAUAGUGAUUAUGCUUUAUGUCUGAUUACAAUGGAUGCAAACUAGAACAUUGUAAAAACAAAAACUGUGAAGCAACUAUAUCCAUUGGCACAGCAGACUUCAUAUCAGGAAAACAUUAGUGUGAAAGCAGGGUAAUUCCUUCUUUGGUACACAAAAUAGAAUGUAGUCAGGAACCACUGAGCUCUUGAACUGACUUGCUCAGAUAAUUACCUUCAGUGGAUUCUUCUUACAGAAUUAGUAGUUGAAGAACCACCCAUUUUUGUAAAUAAUAGUGCAAAUUGUAAAUACAGUACACAAACAAUAAUUUGCAAAAGCAUGUCCCUGUAUAGCUUCAAAUUACCUUGAGACUAGAAAAGUUGUAAAGUACUUAGACUAUACUCGUCUCUUCCUUUAGAUUUCCUUGUAUAGAUUUUAGGAAUUGAUGCUUACUGUAUUUUAAAUUUGUUUUUCCUGUAUACGUUUUUAAGAAUUUAUGCUAAAUAUUGUUCUCUGUAUGCAGUGGGUAAGCAAACUUGUUGGAAGUCUUUUAAAUAUAAAAGAAAGUAUGAGAAAUAACCUGUCAAGACUUUGCAAUUUGGGCUCCAAAGUCAGACAAUUUUUGCUGCAGAUGACUCAGUUGGUUAUAUACCUACUAUUCUUAAUUGGUUAUAAACCUAGUAUUCAUGAGAUUGUUAGGAGCAGACACCAUUUUUCUCUUCAGCAGUGCAUUUUUGAAAUACAGAGAUGUAUGCUAUGUGGAGAUAUUUAUGAAAUACUCUUUCAAAAUAGCUUUAUGUCAUCGUUUUUUUACAAUCUGAUUGAAGCACAUUCUGUUCUUAGUGUAUUGAUGGUUGUUACAAAGAUUGCAGUAGUAGUUUUUGCAAACUGUUUUACAGUUUAUUUGGAGUAUACCAACAGUGGUACUGUAAUGUUUUACAGUUUGAUGUAUAAUUUUAGGGACAGCAUUUUUGUGAGUAUUUCCUUGUAACCUAAGAACAUUUGUACAGCUUUUUGAGAAAUUCAAGGAUUGCAUUUUAUGACACAUUUAUUUAAAAUGCGCUAUGUAAGUCUACAGUUAACUGUUUUGCACAUCCUUCCUUAUCCACAAGAAUCUACACGACACAAUCUAAGUUUACCAACAAUAUCUUUUUCUUGUCCAAGUUAAGGAUACACCUGGAAGCAUUGAGCAACAGGAAUACAACACAAUGAAUUAAAAUUGAUAUUAAUAUUA